AUGCUCCCCGAAAUCCUACAGAGCACUGUUCGAAAAGCUUUUAACGAUCCGCUUGUCACCUCUAUUGAGACACGCGCUGAAGCGGUCCUCAAGAUCGAAGGCCAUCCCUACGAUGAGAAGACCAAAACUCAAUACGUCGAGUACAUCUUCCAGUAUCUGACCCGAGGAGGCAAGCUAGCAGCUAUCAAUCGGGCACUUCGCUCGCCCAGCGACUAUCCGCUUUCUAGUUCCACAGAACGUGCCGACUUAACUUGCGCUGCCGCUGUGGGGAGCUUGUGUGCAGUCAAGCAACUUCUCAAGGACAACGAAUCAGACUGGCCGUCGUGGCCAUACUUCCGACAGCAUGCAACCAAUGACAACGUCUACGCAGAUCCUCUUCGAGCAGCAGCGUCUAAUGGACACAUCGAAGUCGUACAGCAUCUACUCAAAGCGCUUAAAGACUUCGGAGGUGCAGAAAAGUGGACCGACACUUUCAAGCACCGAUUCCAGUGCAUCCUCAACGCGGCUAUUCAGUCCAAACACCGCCAAACAAUUCUUACGUUGGCAGUAGUCGCUAGGAAGAAUGGAAUCUGGGACUCCAGCUUGACUCACGUCAAUCUAGCCUGUGCUGAAGUAUGGAUCGGGACUGCUGUCAAGACCGGCUGUAUGGAGACUUUUCAAACAGCUAUGGCGGUAGUCGGGAGUACUGCCCCCAUAUCCGCGAAGAACAUUGUGGCAUAUGCGAUGCUCUUCGCCUGCGAGUACGGCCAAGUAGAUAUCCUUCGACACCUCAUUGCCCAUAACCCCAACUGCUUCCAGCGGGAGGGUCCCGUAGCAGGUUCUGACAUAGCCCGUCGGUACAAGACUAAAGUCGAACAGACCUUGGGUAUAUCCUGCAUGCAAACAGCCGCCCAGUACCUCCAACGUCACAUCAUCGAUGUACUCCUCGAACACGGCGUUUCCAUCAACGCAGGUUCCCCAAUCAUACGCGCCAUCGAGUUCGAAAACAUCUCCAUCGUCAAGUACAUGCUCGACCACGGCGCGGAGUACAAUCGGCAUGUACACCGCGAGUGCCUCAGGCAGCUGGGUCCUAGUGCCAAUAGAGCAUUGAGCGAGUUCAAGGAGACGGAUAUGUUGCCUGUCAUUUUCUAUCUCGUGGCUAAGCAUAUGGGCAAGCCGCGCUACUCGUUUCGUAAGAGCGGGUUGGAACAACGCCUUAUGAGCUUUGUUGAGGAUAUGGAGGGUACGGGAGCUCAGAUCGCUAACGGCGCAGCAGACAUAUUUUUCGGACUUCCUCCCUGUGUGCCGAGCAUUCUUGUCAACAACAAGGCUACCUUUCUCAAGAGAUGCACCGUCGAUAGGCCAUGGUUGGUUGGUCAGAACAACAUCACCAGCAACCCUGCAGAAGUCGUCACCAACCAGACAUUCCUCGACACCACGCCUCCAGAAGGUCCAAAAAUAGGAUCUGUCGAGACUCUUAUUGAUUGUGCACGUAAGGAAAGCCCUAAAGACAGGCCAGCAUCAGAAGACGAAGAUAUAGAGAGGUGGAUCGACGACAAUCUUCCAUCCGCCAAGCGUCCCAGAGAAAGAGUAACAUCCAUCGUCUCCAUCUCAUCCACCAGCUCUUGCGACAUGCAUACCAACACGGACGUUAGCGAAGACGAAAUGGAGCAUGACGUUCGGCCGAUACAACCAUCUCCAGCACCCAUGCAGAAGAUCCUCGAGCUCAUCCUGCGCAAGGUCGAAAUCAAUCUCCGCAAUGCAGCUUACAAGCAAUGUACUGGACGCAGCACCGCUCACAGUCAAGCUAGAUCCACGCUGCCCUCGGGUCAGAGUAGCCGCAAGACGUCUGUGAGUUCAGGAUCAAAGCGAAAGUCCCGUUUGGAGGGCAGCCCACCGCCGGAAGAUGAUGACGAAGAUGGCUCAAGCAAGCGACGUCGUGGAUCAACGACUACUACCGAUGAGUCCGAGACCGGUGCGAGGUUCGCAUGUCCUUUCUACAAACACGACCCGGAUCGGCAUCGCAACAGGAGAACCUGUCCCGGACCUGGCUGGCCCACGGUUCAUCGAAUGAAAGAGCAUCUCUAUCGAUCACAUUCCCAACCGAUAUUCUGUCCAAUCUGCUACGCGACCUUCAAGUCAGACAAGGAGCAAUCAAGUCACGUGCGUCUGCAGCAAUGCGAGAGAUCAUCACCUCAGCAGAUCGAAGGGAUCGAUCGCGAGACUGUCUGGACGCUGAGGAAGCGCACCACUGCGCUGAGACUAGAAGAAGACAAAUGGAGAGAUGUAUACCAGGUUCUCUUCCCAGACGUAUCUGCCGCCGAGAUACCCAGUCCCUCGAAACAUCGCGACGCUUCCGCAGAGAUCUUCUACGCCGCGUACAAGAAGAGCUACUCAUGGAAUCCGGACAAGUCCCCACUCCAGCCGAGCAACAGCUCCUCCAACGCGUGGCCCAAAUAG